AUGGAGAGGCUCGAAGAUCGGUUGGUACGAGGACAAAGACAUAUCCUCAGGCUGGGCAGCGAUGGCGGCGUGAGCCAGUCUUUUCUCACCCAAGCCCAGAAUGUGCAUCACCACAGUGGCGACAUUUCGUUCCGAACCUCCUGCCUCUGCUUAGGGCCCGGACCUGGCAGAGCUGGAAGAACCGUGCUUUUGUCAGCCGCCUCUUGGCGUAAAACCGACCUGCAGGGAAGUUUCAAGACCAGCCACCAUGUUCCUGGCACGUUCUCCCCACUGCAAGUCUCUAAGGGCAUGCAGCGAUCAACAAUCGCAGAAGGCAGCGCUUUUUUCAUGUUCUGCCAUGCUGCAGCUCGCUUCAGCCUAGAGUUGCGAGCUGCAUUUGGUAGCUUUGUGGUGCCAUGUGGUGGCAAUUUGCGCUCUGGCUCUGAGUGGAGGGAUGGCCUCUGCAGCGUGAUGCAGCGCCGAGCAGAUGCGGCAAAGCUCCGUGUGCUCCACCGCUCCUGGCUCGAGGUGGCGUGGAAGCCCAGCGGAGAUGCGAGGGAGGAUGCGAUGUGUUUAUCGAGACGUCUAUAG